AUGUCGGAGACCUUCGAGUUUCAGGCUGAGAUUUCUCAGCUCCUGUCUCUCAUCAUCAACACUGUCUACUCCAACAAGGAGAUCUUCCUCAGAGAAUUGGUGUCCAACGCCUCCGAUGCGCUCGACAAGAUCCGCUACGAGGCCCUGUCGGACCCCAGCAAGCUGGACUCCGGCAAGGACCUCCGCAUCGACAUCAUCCCCGACAAGGAGAACAAGACCCUCACCAUCCGGGAUACCGGUAUCGGUAUGACCAAGGCUGACCUUGUCAACAACCUGGGUACGAUUGCCCGCUCCGGCACCAAGCAGUUCAUGGAGGCCCUCAGCGCCGGUGCUGAUGUUUCCAUGAUUGGUCAAUUCGGUGUCGGUUUCUACUCGGCGUACCUUGUCGCCGACAGAGUCACUGUCAUUUCCAAGCACAACGAUGACGAGCAGUACAUCUGGGAGUCGUCUGCUGGCGGCACCUUCAGCGUCAUUCCCGACACUGAGGGCGAGCCCCUCGGCCGCGGCACCAAGCUGAUCCUCCACCUGAAGGAGGAGCAGACCGAGUACCUCAACGAGGCCAAGAUCAAGGAGGUCAUCAAGAAGCACUCCGAGUUCAUCUCGUACCCCAUCUACCUCCACGUCACCAAGGAGGUCGAGAAGGAGGUCCCCGAUGAGGAGGCCGAGGAGACCACCGAGGAGGGCGACGACAAGAAGCCCAAGGUCGAGGAGGUUGAUGAUGAGGAGGAGGAGAAGAAGCCCAAGACCAAGAAGGUCAAGGAGACCUCCGUUGAGGAGGAGGAGCUCAACAAGCAGAAGCCCAUCUGGACUCGCAACCCCCAGGACAUCACCCAGGAGGAGUACGCUGCCUUUUACAAGUCCCUCUCCAACGACUGGGAGGACCACCUCGGUGUCAAGCACUUCUCCGUCGAGGGUCAGCUCGAGUUCCGUGCCAUCCUCUUCGUGCCCAAGCGUGCCCCCUUCGACCUCUUCGAGACCAAGAAGACCAAGAACAACAUCAAGCUCUACGUCCGCCGCGUCUUCAUCACUGAUGACGCCACUGACCUCAUCCCCGAGUGGCUCAGCUUCGUCAAGGGUGUUGUCGACUCUGAGGAUCUCCCCCUCAACUUGUCUCGUGAGACUCUUCAGCAGAACAAGAUCAUGAAGGUCAUCAAGAAGAACAUUGUCAAGAAGGCUCUUGAGCUCUUCAACGAGAUCGCCGAGGACAAGGAGCAGUUCGACAAGUUCUACAGCGCCUUCAGCAAGAACCUCAAGCUCGGCAUCCACGAGGACUCCCAGAACCGCGGCACUCUUGCCAAGCUCCUCCGCUUCAACUCGACCAAGUCUGGCGACGAGAUGACCUCGCUCACCGACUACGUCACCCGCAUGCCCGAGCACCAGAAGAACAUCUACUACAUCACUGGCGAGUCCCUCAAGGCCGUCCAGAAGUCUCCCUUCCUUGACGCCCUCAAGGAGAAGAACUUCGAGGUUCUCUUCCUCGUCGACCCCAUUGAUGAGUACGCCAUGACUCAGCUCAAGGAGUUUGAGGGCAAGAAGCUCGUCGACAUCACCAAGGACUUCGACCUCGAGGAGACUGACGAGGAGAAGGCUGCCCGUGAGGCCGAGGAGAAGGAGUACGAGGCUGUCGCCAAGGCUCUCAAGAACGUUCUCGGCGACAAGGUCGAGAAGGUCGUCGUCUCCCACAAGCUUGUCGGCUCUCCUUGCGCCAUCCGCACUGGCCAGUUCGGUUGGUCUGCCAACAUGGAGCGUAUCAUGAAGGCCCAGGCUCUCCGUGACACCUCCAUGUCCAGCUACAUGAGCUCCAAGAAGACCUUUGAGAUCUCUCCCAAGUCUCCCAUCAUCAAGGAGCUCAAGAAGAAGAUCGAGAGCGACGGCGAGAACGACAAGACUGUCAAGUCGAUUGUCCAGCUUCUCUUCGAGACCUCGCUCCUCGUCUCUGGCUUCACCAUUGACGAGCCCGCCAGCUUCGCCGAGCGCAUCCACAAGCUCGUCUCUCUGGGUCUCAACCUCGACGAGGACAUUGAGGCCGAGGAGGCUCCUGCCACCGAGGAGACCGCCGCCGCCGAGACUGGCGACAGCGCCAUGGAGGAGGUCGACUAA